AAUUGUAAACAACUAUAAUAAUUUGCUUUUCUAUAAAAAAAUCAUCCAAAGAUUUAUCUCUACUUCUACGACAAUUUUUUUCAGUGGUACUGCAAACGUUCAUUGCAAUAAAGGCUAAAUCAAAAUACAACAUACCCUAUUUCCAUGCUUAAACUAUUUUCCCGCUUAAAAACGCAUUUUUGCGUUUUUGUUUAUUUGGAAUUUUGGGCAUAUACACCCAAUAAUUAUUUUCAAUCAUUUUUAAAACAGAAAGACUAACAAGUCAACCAAAAAAAUCACGUAUGGAAUGUGACGACUUGAAUAUCCUCGAUGUCGACUGUGUAACGGAGACCGAUCCUGCAAACGGUAUAGUAUCCACCGCAAUCUACUUACUACAUACAAUAUCAUCAUUCAUUUCCCCGCUACAAUAUCUAAUCUAAAACACGUUCAUCUGGAUUCAGCACUAUUUUCAAAAGUAAAAAAAUUGUUCAUUUUCUUUAGUAUUGAUAUGCCUUUCACUCAUACUUUUCAAAUGAUAAGCAUUGGCUUCAAAUUUUGCUCAAGAGGUUUCACGGAGAACUUGGGAAAUACCUGAUAAAACAUAUCUCUGCACCUAAUUUUACCUUUAUCAGAUAUAGCUAUACUUUGUGCGAAGAACGCUAACUGAAUCAGGACCAAUGUACACAAGUUUAAAAUGCCUCCACAAAUGUGGCUUGCAGAGGGGAAAAGAUUUUUUAUAGUCACGAUCUUUCAUGAUACCAGUGACUUUUUUACCUACCCGUCUCAUUUUAAUCUAUCAUAUUUUAUUUCUUUCGUCAGUGCUCCAGCAUAUUCUGUCUCAUAAGCCAGCAGGGCUGUUGUAUUCAUACUUCAAAGGUACUGCAGUCUAUGACAAAGACCUGGCCACGCUUCGGGGCGACAGUUACGUCAAUGAUAAGAUUGUAGAGAUUGGGCUAGAGAUUAUCGCUCAAAAAUACAGAACUGAGGUUUGCAAUCUUCUUUAACUUUCCUAGAUAUUCUGUAGCAAUGCUGUGUAUCUGUGAAGACAAUUACCAUGUGUUACCAUGUAGAUGUUCUUAAAAAAUUCACGUAAACUUUAUAUCAUAUUUUUUCUAGUUACAUCUAAUAAAAAUAAUGAACUCAGAGACAGUUACAAGGAUGGUAACUGGUUCCGAAGGCAGUCUGGGGACAAUGAGGCUCACGAUGGAGCAACUGUUCAAUGCAAAUAUUUGUGUGGGUUGUUUCAACAAAGCUGGCAAUCACUGGGUUUUGCUGAUCAUUUAUCCAGCGAAACGAAAAGUCGUUUAUGUUGACCCGAUGGGGGCUUCAGCUUUGGAGUUAAAAAAUAUGGAAAAAAACUGGAGAGCAUCCAUGAAGGCCAGAAAAGACAUAAACUUCGAGAGCUGGACGCUUGAAAGGCCACCAUCUUAUCCCAAGCAACAAGAUAGUUUUUCUUGUGGCAUAUAUUGUCUGCAGUAUGCUGAAACAAUUCUCGGAGAGAAGUGUUUUCCAGCAUUUGUAGCUCCAGACCAGCUAAGAAGCUCCUUUGGUGAAGCAAUCCUAACCUUUUCAGAAGAAAUUGAGAGCCUGUGUAGGAUUUGCAGCCAAACAAUAAUGAAGCAGUCAGAGCCUUGGGUGUGCUGUAAAAAAUGCUGCAACAAAAAUUUUCAUAUUGCAUGUCUCCCAGACCAUGUGAACGCGCAAAAUGUGGAUAACUUUGCCUGCACGAUGCUACAAUACAAAGCUGCAGACAGUAGAACGAGCAUUUCAAUGUCUUCUGGGAGUAGGAGCCCAUGUCUUGACACGCAGCCAUGGCACAAUCCAGGCGAGCCGUUCGUUUUAGCCAGAAAGACUGGAAAAAUUUCCAAAUGUCAAGGCUGUAGCAAUGGCUAUAAAGAUGAGGAGUUUGUUGUACGCCACAAAGAGGGCAAGAGAAUUUUUAACAAAACAUUGAAGAGACAAAUGCUAGUCCAGGGCAAUGGUUACUAUCAUGCCAAUUGCUCAUGCAUCCGAAGCCGCCAUGAUUACUUCACCCCCAAAAGCCUUGUAGUGCCGCCAAAUCUGCCAAUUUCAAAGGAACAAAUACAAUUUUUAAACGAGAAGCGUGGAUUCAACAUCCGAUCCUGAUUGAAAUACAGGGCCACUGUCAAUCUCAAACACUUCCAUUUCUUCACAAACAUAGAACAAACAGAAAAAUAUAGAACAAACAGAAUAUGCAAUAUACAAAACCAAGAGAGAGAUUAUACUAAGACUAAGAAAAUUAAUAUCUUUAUACAUAAUUUAAGAAACCUGGAGAGGUAUUAUACUGAGAUUUAGAAAUUUAACCUCUAUAUACGCAUCUAUAUAUAUAUUUAAUAAUCUCUACACGCAAUCUGAAAAAUCUAGAGAGAUAUUAUACUAAGAUUAAAACAUUUCAAAUCUAUAACAAUUUUGAUGAAAAUUCCAGUUCUUUGCUUGCACAUUUAUGUGGAACCAAUUUAUUCAAGUACUUAGGCCCUGAAUAAAUGUGUUCCUUCCCUCUAUUUUCCUAAAAAUAAAAACUGGAUCACUGUGAACACUUUCCUAUUGUAAACAAAUAAUAAUAGAAGUAUUUUGAUGAAAAUUCCAGUUCUUUGCUUGAUUGGCUUAUUGCACAUUUAUGUGGAACCAAUUUAUUCAAGUACUUAGGCCCUGAAUAAAUGUGUUCCUUCUCUCUAUUUUCUUAAAAAUAAAAACUGGAUCACUGUGAACAUCUUUUCUUAAACUAAAUCCAA